CGAGCCUGUUGGGCGCAGCGAGCCACCGUCCAGAAAUGGUGUAGGAUAUCAAGAGCAACACCGAGGAAGAGCGGCCAAAACGAGGAGCGAGGCUUCGAGGUUUACGAAAACAGCACAGGAGAGCCAUUCAGAAGAGCCGGGGGUCAAAGGUGAGAAGAGCAGAGGGCACCAUGGAGAGUGAGCCAGGGGCCCCUGCCUCCACUGCCAGCAGUGCUGGGACCAGCACCACCUCCUCCUCCUCCACCACCAGCUCCUCCAGCACCACAGCUGUCAGCAGUAGUAGUACCUCUAACACUACUGCUACUACUACUUCCACCACUUCGACUAGCAGUAGUAAUAGUAGUAGCAGCAGUAGUAGUAGUAACACCAGUACUUCCAGUAGUACUACUGCAGCAGGAAGAGCAGUGCCUCAGAUAUCUGUUUACAGUGGGAUAACUGACCGGCAAACGGUGCAGGUGUAUCAGCAGACGUUCAACAGACAGCCUAACACAGCAGCACAGUACCUGCAGCAGAUGUAUGCGGCUCAGCAACAGCAUCUGAUGUUACAAACUGCAGCCCUCCACCAGCAGCACAGCCUCAGCACAGCUCAGCUCCAGAGCCUGGCUGCUGUACAGCAGGCCAGUAUUGCAGCUGGCCGACAAAGCUCUUCACAAAAUGGCACUUCAUCUCAACAAACAGGAUCUACUCAGGCCACAAUUAACCUGACCACCUCCCCAGCGGCAGCUCAGCUGAUCAGCCGGGCCCAGAGCAUUAGUUCCACCCCCACCAGUAUUUCCCAGCAGGCUGUCCUACUGGGUAGCCCAUCCAGCCCCACUCUCACAGCCAGCCAGGCACAGAUGUACCUGCGUGCACAGAUGGCACAGCAAAGUAACCUGGUGCAGGUGGCCAGGAGCCUGGGUCGGGCUGUUCCCCUGUCCCCACAGCUCAUCUUCACUCCAGCCGCCACAGUGACAGCUGUCCAAUCAGAAAGCUCCACGCAGGCCUCCUCACAGAAUCAGGUCCAGAAUCUGGCCAUCCGUGGCCAGCAGGGGGCAGCCACGUCCUCCUCUCAGACUCAGACCCUGCAGGCUCUCAGUCUGAAGCAGAACCCCGUGCCCAUCCAGCCUGCCUCAUUGAUUAAGAAUCCCAGCCAAGGGACCCAGGCCUCCACAGGGGGGAAGGCCAGCUCCUCUGACAACCCCUCUGAAGGAGGGAAGAAAGGGGACAGUGCAGCAGUGACAGAAGUCCGAGCUAUAAACAUGAGCCGCAGUGUCACAACUGUCAGCGCUCAGCCUCUGAUUGCUCCAGCGUACGCACAGAUUCAGCCUCACUCACUGGUUCAGCAGCACAAGCAGCAGCAGUUUGUGGUCCAGCAGAGUCAAGGUUCCCAAAGAACGACGGGUCAGUUGCUGCAGACGGCCUCCAUUCAGCCGUCACAGCACCCUGUCCCUGUGCUGCCCAAACCUGCUCCACACCUGCCUCCCACACCCAGCCAGCAGGCCACUAUCUUCCACUCCACUAUCAGCCCUCACGCCCUACACUCCUCCCUCAACCAUGCCAAAGCUCAGCCCGUCCAGCUCACUGCCAUCAACCUACAAAUACAGCCAACGGCCUCUCGAAUGGUUCAGGACAAUAAAGAUAAGCCAACCUCACUAGUGGUCAGAGAGACAUGUCAGACUCCCUCUACACAGCAACAACAACAACAACAACAACAACAACAGCAGCAACAGCAACAACAACAACAGCAACCUGCGCCUUCUCCAUCACAACCUCCCAAGCCUGUAGAGCAGCCCAAGGUCGAUCCAGCCACACCAGCUGUUCAGCCACAAGGGGGCUCAACCAAGAGGCCAAGUGUGGCACCAGGGACCCCACCUCCAGCCAUGACCUCAGGAAAUGAGAGCGAAGCGCCCACCGUGACGGGCAGCACGCCGCAGAACGGAGAGAACAAACCGCCUCAGGCCAUCGUCAAGCCCCAGGUCCUCACACAUGUCAUCGAAGGCUUUGUCAUCCAGGAAGGAGCCGAGCCGUUCCCUGUGUGUGUGGAGCGCCUGCCCAUUCUAAUCGACAGCCCAAAGAAGCUGGAUCAUCAGCUCUCUUCAGACCCCGACAAAACGCCGGUCAGCAACGCAGCAAACUCCGACUCUGAGCCCGAGGACAUGAACCAGCCAGAAAAAGAAGAACCCAAACUGACGUGUGAAUACUGCGGCUGGGUCGACUUUGCCUACACGUUCAAGGGCACUAAAAGGUUCUGCUCAAUGGUUUGUGCAAAAAGGUACAACGUGGGCUGUACAAAGCGGAUAGGACUCUUUCGUCCAGAGAGAAACAAACCAGCAAAUCGCUGGCGUCGAAGAUCUCAGGGCCGCGCCGGUAUAGAGGCGAAAAAGCAGAAGCUGUCCCCUUCACCACAGCAGACUCAGGGUGGUUCUGUAUCGUCGCCACAUCCCUCACAGCCCAGUCAGGAGGAGUCCAGCCCAUGCUCAGACAUGUCCAGCUAUGAGGAGCCGCCAUCUCCCCUGUCGGCAGCCAGUUCAGGGCCCCUGGCUCCUGCUCCGGCCCCAGCCCAGGUCCCCGUCCACCGGCAGCCCAGCAGAGCCUCGGACCAAGAGAGUUGCGGUGGCAGAGACGCAGCGUCAUUCUGUCAGCGCUUCUUACCCAACGAUCCCACCAAGUGGAACGUGGAAGAAGUUUACGAGUUCAUCCGUUCGCUGCCAGGCUGCCAGGAGAUAGCAGAUGAGUUUCGCUCUCAGGAGAUCGAUGGACAGGCUCUGCUCCUGUUAAAGGAGGACCACCUGAUGAGCACCAUGAACAUUAAACUGGGACCUGCACUCAAGAUCUUUGCACGUAUCAACAUGCUCAAAGACUCUUAGCAGGAAAGCAUGUGCGUGUGUGUGUGUGUGUGUGCGUGCGCGCGCGUGUAUGUAGAACAUAGCACUGACAGCACAGGGUACUGACUGCACUGUGACCUGGCAUUCUCCACACUACUGGACCGGUUUCUUUGAUACAGAAUCUCACUCAAGCUUGUCUUGAUCCCACAAACAGAUCGUACUACAUGAGUUCAAUCACUACGUGACCAGUCCUAUGUGUGGUUGGUAGGACUUCUGGUGAUUUCUUUGUUGUGGCUCUUCAAGCACAUAUAUUUCUGCGUAUUUUAAAGUAUUGUAUUAGAAAAGGAUAACCUAAAAAAAAUGCUUGCUUGAAGUGGUUUUUGACUUCUUCAGAAAAGACCUAAUGCACUUCAUGGGAGAGAGAAACAGCUUUUCAAGAAUAAUUUGUAGCAAACAUUCAAUUCACAUGACUGAUUUACGCCUUUCGAAACUCCAAACAGCAUUAAACAUAGCCAAUAAUGACUGACAUGAAACAAUAAUUGCAACUUGCUCAGUUCGUCAAAAUUCUUGAAGAAUUCUCUUCACUUUUUGUAGAUGACUGAAGAGACGGGUGUUGUUUGUUUCUUCUCUAAGGUAUUUUAGUGGUUGGUAAACGUAGCCUAUACCACCACUUUUGAUGACACUAUACUACCACGAUCAUUCGCUUCAAAACAGUUAAUGGAAGCCAGCCUAAAUUGCUUCAAAUUUGCCUAACAGUUCAACGGAAACACAGCUAAUGAAAUGUGUAAACCUCUGCAAAAACCAUGUCAAAGAUACACCUGAUCAACCAGGGAGCUGUUUGUCUGAUGUUAAUAAGACAUGAUGUAGGUUGAUGCAGAUGUAACUGCAUGCAGAACAUGCACGUGCUGCUGUUGGAUCCACCAGACUGGGGAAUUAAAUGCCUUUAAAUGGGAAUGAAAAGUAAAAAAGAGGAAAGGAAACAAGGGGAGAGAGAUGGGAUCAACAUGAUGCAAAAACAUUGUGGUUUAUGGUCAGACUUUGCUCUGCCAUAAUCCCACAUUCUUAAAAAAAUAAUGCAUGUGACCAACAAGUGAAAAGGUCGCCUUAUUUUUGCUUCUCUUGCUAUCUUAAGCUUCCUGUCAGAAAGAAAAGCCCUUAACAACAGCACUGCUUUCCUUGACCUGACACAUUAUCAUCUAUUAUCUGUUUUAUCUGUUAGGAUCUGAUUGCAUUGCGACUGCAUUGAGAUAACAAGAUUGCUUAUUAAUACCAGAUGUAGACGCCAAAGGCCCUUAUCAAAUGUCAUUAUCCAGAUAAGCCACCUAGGUACCAAUUCUGGGAUAAUGUGAUAAUUCCAGAUGUUAAGGGGCUCUUUGAUUCAGUCUGAAGGGGAAAAAAAGAUCUCUGUAGGAAGUUCAUCUUACAAAUGGUGAAGAAAAUGGAGCUGAGAGAACAAGCAGUGCCGGAGUCCUGUACCUGUUCAGUUGUGUCGAGGUUGGGUCACACUGCAACCGUCAGUGCUGAAUCGAGGCAUUAAGACAGAACAUGAGUGAAGUCUGGAUUAGGUAUAUUAUUAGACAUGUUUUUUGUACAGUUUUAUUAGUGUGUGAAUGAGAGAGAGGUGGCAGUAAGUGUGGCUGGGAACAGAAGAUUGCAUUCAUUAAUUUGCUCAUUCUUAUUCAGAAGAUGCUCCUUUUGCCUUUUCUCACAAUAAGACUCUCACAGCUCUCGAAUACAAAGCUGGAAUGCAGAGAAACCGUCAAAGCAGCUUCUUUCAGGACAUCGAUUUUUCCUUUCACUUGCCAGUUUUUCUCCUAUACAUUUAAACUGCUUACAAAUGAUUCUUUGGCUGCGUUUUCAAAAUGAUUUACUAAAAUAUGACAUUGAUUUCUUGUCUCGGUGUCAUAAGAAGACACUAAGUUAUCUGAGUAACAGUUUGGGUUUGCUGCUCUCUUUGCACCACCCUGCUCUUGGCACUUAUUUUUAUUUUUAUACGCUCCACCUAAACUGAAAAAUGUAUCGUGGCAUUUGUGAAACAAUGCAGAGAAGUUUGUAUGUACAUAGCAACAACCAACAAGAGAGGAAAAAAAAGAGUGAGUCUGUCAUUUCUUUAAGUUAUCUGUUAUUUUAAAACAGAAGUUUAAUGGUGUUCAAUAUUUUGAAAUAUGCAAAUGUAUAAAAUAUCAUUGGCCUGGGAGUUGUUUUUAUUAAUGUCUUUGUUUUCUAAUGAGAAGAUGAUCUUAUCUAUUUGUGUUUUGUGGGUGUUACGGAAAGUUAACUUUUUUAGAUGAUGCUUUGUCAAAUGCUUGUAUUUAUCAAAACAGUUUGUUACACAUUUUGCAGUUAUAAAUAAUUUGCAAUACAGUUCUGUCUU